AUGGAUCAACAACGCUGCAUUGGUAAAGCGAAUGAUCUUCCAUGGCAUAUUUCAGCAGAUCUUAAACACUUUAAAGAAAUCACCCAAGGUGGUGUUGUGGUGAUGGGACGUAAAACGCUUGAAUCGAUGGGACAUGCAUUACCUAAACGUGUCAAUUGGGUGAUUACCCGUGAUCAGGAUUGGAACUUUGCUGGGGUUAAAACGGCCCAUAGUAUAGAUGCUGCUUUGGAGCAAGCCAUUCCUGAUAGCUCACCCACAUUGAGCUCGAUGUACAAGGUGAUGCGUAUUAUCCAGAAAUUCCAGCGGAAUUUAAAAAAGUUGCGACUUAAGAACAAGAUCAAUACUACAUACACUUGGAAUGGGGAUAAUCCAUUCCUUGUUUAG